AUGAGUUCCUAUCAAUUCGUCAAUUCCCUGGCCUCGUGUUAUGGGAACCAGGCCCCCGGACGCACGGGCACGCCCGUCGAGCAGACCGGCCACCCAGGGUUGCCCACACCUGGAGCUGAUUACUACAACCCAAACGCAGCGGCCUCAGCUUACCCAAAUGCGUGUUAUUCGCCGCCGCAGGUUGGCCAUCAUUACCCUCAGCAUCCAUACGCUGCGCCCGCCACAGGGUCCCACAUGCAGCCCCAAUCGAUGAUAGACUACACACAGUUACACCCCCAGAGAUUGGGUAGCACAGCGAGUCAUAUGCACCAACAUUCAAACCCGAGCCCUGGAGCGUUAUCCCCAAAUUUACUGUCAGCAGCGGCGAAUCAAGCUGCGAGUGCUAGUUGUAAGUUUGCUGAUUCCACGUCAACGACCGGAGUAGCGUCUCCGCAAGACUUAUCCACGUCAUCAGGACCAGGACGGACUUCCCCCGGCUUCGGCGUUUCGAACACUGGCAGCACUAAGCUCGGAUUGACCACCCCGAUAGCGUCACCAGUGGAGCACAAGGCCAACGUGAACCAGAACAUCUCGAGUCCUGCGUCAAGCACCUCGAGCAACGAUAGCAACGAGCCCAAUCCGAACUCCAGUUCAAGUAACACGAAGACCGCGAAGUCAUCGGGCAGUUCUCAAGCGAAUCCACCUCAAAUCUACCCUUGGAUGAAGAGAGUUCAUCUAGGCCAAAGCACUGUGAACGCGAACGGAGAGACAAAAAGGCAGAGGACGUCGUACACCCGGUACCAGACCCUCGAACUCGAAAAGGAAUUCCACUUCAACCGGUACCUGACGAGGAGACGACGGAUCGAGAUAGCUCACGCCCUCUGCCUCACGGAGCGACAGAUCAAGAUCUGGUUUCAGAACCGGCGCAUGAAGUGGAAGAAGGAACACAAAAUGGCGUCGAUGAACAUUGUCCCGUACCAUAUGAAUCCGUACGGCCACCCCUACCAGUUCGACCUCCACCCGAGCCAAUUCGCGCAUCUCUCCGCAUAG